AUGGGUUUCACCACAACCCUCUUCAGAGAGCUUCGUGAUUUACCACUUGUGGAAGUCUCUUCGAUCUCCAUCAAUUUGUCUCUCUUCUUAGUGUCUAUCAUCCAUAUCUCCGCAAGACGCUUACUUCUCUGCCUCCGUCGUGGCCCUUUCUUCAAACAUGACUCUGUACGAAACUCUAGUUCCGUCAAUGUCGGAGACACCCGUGAGGUCGAAGUCACCACUGGCUACAAAUUCUCGGUUCUAUGCUGUUUCUUUGUCUUAAUCGUGCAAGUUUCAGUUUUGGUUUUAGAUGUUGUCGGAGUAACUAAGGAAAGAAACGAGAUUUGUGUUAUUUUCUCGCCGGUUACACAGAUUCUAGCUUGGUUAGUGUUAUGCGCAUCAGUUGUUCGAUGUAGUUACACCUCUGCGGAAAAGUUCCCUUUACUGUUAAGGCUAUGGUGGGUUGUGGGCUUCUUGAUCUGUUUAUGGGCUUUGUUCAUUGACUCCAGAGAGCUUGUUGUAAACGGCUCAAAUCAUUUGUCUUCUCACGUUGUUGGCAACUUUGUUUCAGCUCCGGCCCUGGCUUUCCUCUGCUUCCUUGCUCUGAGAGGUCAGUCAGGUCUUCGAGUUAUUACGGAUUCACAUCUUAUUGAGCCUUUACUUGUCGAACAAGAAGAAGAAAAAGCUGGGUGUCUUAAUGUUACUUCUUAUAGUGACGCCGGGUUGUUCAGCCUCGCUACGCUUUCGUGGCUGAAUCCUCUUCUCUCCCUUGGCGCCAAGAGGCCAUUGGAUCUCACGGACAUUCCUCUCCUCGCUCCCAAAGACCGGGCAAAGACCAACUACAAAAUCUUGAAGUUUAACUGGGAGAAGUUAAAGGCUGAGAAUCCCUCAAAACCACCUUCUCUUGCUUGGGCGGUGUUGAAGUCGCUUUGGAAAGAAGCUGCUUGUAAUGCAGUCUUUGCUGGCUUGAACACUCUUGUUUCUUACGUGGGUCCUUAUCUGGUGAAUGACUUUGUUAAUUAUCUGGGUGGGAAAGAGACUUAUCCUCAUGAGGGUUACAUCCUCGCUGGUAUCUUCUUUGCGGCCAAGCUCGCAGAGACUUUAACAACUCGGCAGUGGUAUCUUGGUGUGGAUAUCUUGGGGAUGCAUGUCAGAUCAGCUCUAACGGCUAUGGUGUACAGAAAAGGCCUAAAACUCUCGAGUAUAACUAAGCAGAAUCACACGAGCGGCGAAAUUGUGAACUACAUGGCCGUUGAUGUCCAGAGAGUAGGUGACUACUCUUGGUACCUUCAUGAUAUGUGGAUGCUUCCUCUACAGAUUGUACUUGCUCUCGGGAUCCUGUACAGGAGUGUGGGCAUGGCGGCUGUAGCCACGUUGGUGGCCACAGUUUUCUCUAUUCUUGCUACUAUCCCAUUGGCCAAAGUUCAAGAGGACUAUCAAGACAAACUGAUGUCUGCUAAAGAUGAGCGAAUGAGAAAGACUUCCGAGUGUUUGAGGAACAUGAGGAUUCUGAAGCUGCAGGCUUGGGAGGAUCGUUCGCCUAUAUUUGUAGCUGCAAUCACAUUUGCUACGGCUAUAGGCCUAGGAACUCAGCUCACUGCAGGAGGUGUUCUUUCGGCGCUUGCAACUUUCAGGAUUCUUCAGGAGCCGCUUAGGAAUUUUCCUGAUCUGGUGUCAAUGAUGGCUCAGACUAAAGUGUCUCUUGAUCGAAUAUCUGGAUUUCUGCUAGAGGAAGAGCUCCAGGGAGAUGCUACGAUAAUCCUUCCUCAAGGUGUGUCAGACACAUCUGUAGAGAUCAAAGACGGCUGUUUCUCUUGGGAUCCUUCGUGGUUAAGGCCAACUUUGUUUGAUAUUCAUCUAAAUGUUAAAAGAGGAAUGCGCGUAGCUGUCUGUGGAGUCGUUGGUUCCGGAAAAUCAAGUUUUCUUUCUUGUAUACUUGGUGAAAUCCCUAAAAUCUCUGGUGAAGUCAGAAUAUGCGGUAGUGCUGCUUAUGUUUCACAAUCCGCAUGGAUUCAGUCUGGGAAUAUAGAAGAAAAUAUUCUCUUUGGCAGUCCAAUGGAUAAGGCUAAGUACAAGAACGUUAUACACGCUUGUUCACUGAAACGGGACUUGGAGCUCUUCUCACAUGGCGAUCAAACCAUUAUCGGUGACAGAGGCAUAAACCUCAGCGGUGGUCAGAAGCAGAGAGUUCAGCUAGCAAGAGCGCUUUACCAGGAUGCUGAUGUAUAUCUGCUGGACGACCCUUUUAGCGCUGUUGAUGCGCACACUGGCUCCGAACUCUUCAAGGAAUACAUAUUGACAGCUCUGGCAGACAAGACUGUGAUAUUUGUCACUCAUCAAGUCGAGUUUCUUCCUACCACGGAUCUUAUAUUGGUCCUUAGGGAUGGCCAAAUUAUACAGUCAGGUAAGUAUGAGGAACUGCUACAAGCAGGAACGGAUUUCUUAUCUCUUGUGUCUGCUCAUCAUGAAGCUAUUGACGCAAUGGACAUUCCAAGCCAUUCAUCAGAGGAUUCGGACAGCCAUCAUGUGCUAGACCAGUCACUACCACACAAUCCAAAAUCCAACGCUUCCUCGAGCAACAUUGAGAUUCUGGCCAAGGAGGUCCAAGAAGGGCCAUCAGGGUCUAACCAGAAAGCCAUCAAAGAGAAAAAGAAAGCAAAACGGCUGAGGAAGAAACAACUGGUUCAGGAAGAGGAACGUGUCCGGGGACGAAUCAGUAUGAAGGUGUACUAG